AUGGCGGAGGAGCGGGAAGGGGUUAAAGGCACCGAGCUGUGCUUCCUUCUAGAGAGGCUCCCCAAAUCCCGCAUUCCCGGCCAGCCUUUGCAACUGGCGGCUCGCAGCAAAUUGGGCAAGAGGUGCGGCUUGGCCGGAGGGAAGGGGCCGCUCGAAGGCUGCAGGGAGCAGGUGCCAGGGCUGGUGGAGGAGAUGUCUGCUGAUUUCUUCACAUCAGACCUGAAUCCUCCAGAGACCCUGAAGGUGGAGUCCCCUGUGGAGAUCAAGCAGGAGGGUGACAAAGAGACCAGUUUGUUAGGUGAUGGUAAAGUCAGUGAGGAAGACAAUUGGAGUGAGCCCAAUAGGGUAUCAGUAGUUGCAGCAGAAGGAACUGUGUUACAUGGAGCAGAAGUUCGUGAACUACGAAGCAGUCAGCAGAAGCUGGAAAGUUUUGCCGAUUUCUGUCCUGUCACCAGACAAUCUCUUUUGAGAAACCAAAGUUUAAUUGAAGCAUCUUCCUGUGGGAAAGAAACAAGAGAUACUGAGGGUGGGAGAAAUGUCAGACAGAGCUCCACCUUUAGGAAGAUUAAGCCAGCCCGCAAAAAAAAGAAAAACUAUAUAUGCGCGGAAUGUGGAAAAGGCUUUGUUUCAAAUUCAGCUCUUUCUGACCAUCAGACCACCCAUACAGGUGAGAAGCCCCAUCAGUGUACAGUUUGUGGGAGAGGUUUUGGAUAUAAAGCGCUUCUUGUGAGACAUGAAAUAUCCCAUGUGGACGAAAAGCCGUACAAGUGUCUAAAGUGUGGGAAAACCUUUGGUACCAGUACCAUCCUCUCAGACCAUGUAAGAAUCCAUACAGGGGAGAAGCCCUAUACUUGCACAGAGUGUGGGAGAGACUUCAUCAAAAGAAGCCAUCUUCUGAGACAUGAGAGGACCCAUACAGGGGAGAAACUCUAUCCAUGCUCAGAGUGUGACAAAAGCUUCAUUUGUAAGACUACCCUUACCAUUCACAAGAGAAGUCAUACUGGAGAAAAACCGUACAAAUGCUCCGAAUGUGGGAAAAGCUUCAGUCAGAGAUCACAUCUGAGAACUCACAAAAGAAUCCACACUGGAGAGCGGCCACACAGCUGUUUGGAAUGUGGGAAGAACUUCCGCCAAAAGAAUGAUCUUGUUCUACAUGAGAGAACACACUCAGGUGAGAAACCCUACCAUUGCCCUGAAUGUGGGAAAAACUUCAGCCAGAGCUCGCAGCUGUAUGUACAUGGAAGAAUCCAUACUGAAGAGAAACCAUACAGAUGCUCAGAGUGUGGCAAGAAAUUUCGCUGGGAAAGUAGCCUUAAGAUACACCUGAGAAACCAUGCUGGAGAUAGACCAUAUGCCUGUUCCCUUUGUAGCAAAACCUACAGUACCUUGUCCCAUCUUGGUAGGCACAGGGAAAGCCAUGCAGAAGAGAAACCAUACAAGUGCCUGGUUUGUGGGAAAAGGUUCACACAAAAUAGUGACCUUUCUCUACACAAAAGAAUCCAUACAGGUGAGAAACCGUUCAAAUGCACAGAUUGUGGGAAAAGCUUUCGUUGGGAAGGCAGCUUUAGAAUCCACAGAAGAAUACACACGGGAGAGAAACCGUACAAGUGCUCAGAGUGUAAGAAAUGCUUUAUAUCUAACCGAGCGCUAAAAACACAUAAAGAGAUGCACAAAAUAGAGCAGUCACAUAAAUCGUCAGAUUGUAGAUGAAGAGACUAUGAGGAAUUGCAGCUGCUUAGGCAUGAGAGAACACAUGUUGGUGAGAAACCAUACAGGUGUCUGGACUCUGAAAAAAACUUUGAUAUUAAAUCUACACUCUUAACUCCACCCAGGGGUACACACUGGAGAGAAUCGUAUCAAUGGUCAGAGAUCUGUGGGAAAUGCUUCAAGCAGAGUUCAAUGUGCAGUGUGCAUGAGAAUCCAUUUUGAAAACUUUGUGUAAAGUUUUACAAAACAUAACAUAGCAAUAUCAGAAUAAACUUAAACAUAACUAAACAAUAAACAGAAACAGUGAUAGAGCACUAUACAAUUAAAUACUAAUACAGUGCUAUAACAGUAAAUUUUUUCUGGAAUCGUCUAUUUUGUCAUUUUAUCUCAAUAAAGUCCAAAAGGGACCACCUUUCUAAGA